GGGUGUCGCUCUCCCACUCCCCAGAAACUCUGUGGCUGUCGUGUUUAACCCAAGUCUCGUCUACAAGGGAUAACGAGUGGAUUAGUGAUGCUAAAUGAAGUUUAAUAAGUGACUGAUUUAAAAUUUAAUGAGCCUCAUUGGUGUAGUUUGAAAUGAGGUGGUUGGAAAUCUGAAUUCAACGUAUAUAAAGAUUUCUUAAACAUUUAUAUUUGUGUUAUAAGACAAGGUGAUAAAUGGAUUCUUUGAAUCAGUCUGCUUCUUAACUACCCUUCAGUAACUACCAGGAACUGGCAAGGAAAGGACAAAGUUGCAGAUUAUGAAACCUGUUGCUGAGUAUGAGUUGAAUCACAUGAGGGAGGUGUGAGUAUUCUGAGCGAGGUCCUCAGGUCCCUACGAACUUCAUGAAGCGAAGUAGAGAGGUUGGCGAACGAGAUCAAGCGCCUUCACAUAUGGUGAGAUCGGCUGACAAUCUUGCCAGCAAUGAUGACGAAGGGGAGGAAAUCUCCUCCGACACGCAGAUUACAUCUUCAGUCCUCUUUUGUGGUGUUGGUGAUGAAGGCUCUGGUGUUGUGGAGGACGGUAGAGGGAAGUGUAGAGGCUGCAGGAGGCUUCCGGGCUGACUCGAACUCCUCCUGUUUAGAAGGGUGUUCUUGUGGAAUCAUUCUCUCUAAACACCUUCACGAGGAACUGACUACUUUUGACUGUUCGUUUUCAAAUAUGAAAAGUUUUCCAGAUAAGUUGCCAAGUGAUCUACAAGUGCUAAGUGUCAGGGGGAACUCGAUUUACCACGUUUUGGGAAACUUAUCACAACUUAUUGACCUCAGAGAACUUGAUUUAUCCGGCAAUAGAAUCAAGUCUAUCGGGAGAGGAGGCAUGUUUCAGAACAUGUCACGUCUUGUGUACCUAAAUGUGGGAAAGAACACUAUUUCCACCAUCUUCCACGACAACUUGGUUGGUCCAAAAGGGCUUGAACACCUUGUGCUCUCAAACAAUAAGAUCAACUAUAUUGAAGACGAAGCUUUGGUUGACCUCAAGAAACUACAAACUCUCGAUCUUGAACAGAACUUUCUGGGCUCGUUGUACGAGGAAUGGUUCCAUGGCCUGAACCACCUAGUGGUCCUAAAUCUUGCCCAUAACAGGAUACACAACAUACCAGGAUCUGUGUUUCGGGCCCUAGGCUCCUUAGAGCGCCUAUAUCUGGCUGGAAAUCGGAUUUCCACCGUAGAUCCACGUGCUUUUUCAGGUCUUAUAAGUCUUCAGGCUCUGACACUGGAAGAUAAUCUACUUGAGAGGAUCCCAACCUCGGCAUUUCAGAGUCUGCCAGUGUUGGAAACUCUUACUCUCGAUCAAAACCCACUUACCAAGAUCAAACCCCUUGAUUUUUCCCACCUCACUGUAUCUAAGAUCAGUUUGUGUUUUAUGCCAGAGCUCAAUAUCAUAGAUUCCAAAGCAUUUUACAACCUAGUUAACAUAACGGUGAUUGAAAUAAUUAACAAUGAGAAGUUAGCAUAUAUAGAUCCACUAGCUUUCAUGAACGUGGAUUCCCUGAAGGAACUGCGGAUUAAUAAUAAUAAGUUGGAAGGCAUACAGAAAGAAAUGGCUAAAUAUAUGCCAGAAGGAGUUGAGAUCUCAAUACAUAAUAACCCUCUUAGAUGCGAUUGUAAUGUAAGGUGGUUGAGACAGCUGAUUGGUCUAGGGGAUAAUGGUAAUGUGAGCCUACAAGAGCCUGAGCAUUUAGUGUGCCACAGUCCUCCUACUUUAGCACAUAAGCUGCUCAAAGACGUCAUUCUCUCCAAACUUCCCAGAAUGUGUGCUCCUACGGUUCUCAACUUGACACAAGCACAGAACGUGUUGGGUAAAGUUGGUGAACGCCAGGUGUUGGAAUGCCGUGCUCUAGGCUCACCCCGGCCAAGAUUACACUGGCUUUUACCAGAUGGAUCGCUGGUUAAUUCCACCUUGAAUGAGGUUAGACGUCGAUUUUUCCCUCCUGGGACAUUAGUGUACUAUCACCUCAAACCAACAGAUCGUGGGUCAUACACAUGCGUGGCUGAGAAUGCAAUUAAUAAAACUAACAGUUCCAUAACUCUCAAUGUCACUGGCAUUGAUAUGCAUCUGUUUCCGAUUCGCAUUUCAUCAACAUUUGUUACACUGGUGUGGAACGGCACUGAACGCCGGGCCUUUCCUUCCUACAAGAUUGUCUACACCGAACUCGCCUCCAAUGGCAGCGAAGUAGGUGAGAAACGGUUCAGCAUGACUAGUCCUUCGAGGAAGACCUUCACUAUCAGUCGUCUAGAGCCGGAAACUCAUUAUCGUUUCUGUAUCGGUAACGAGGAUAGCACCGGCUACUGGCUCCAGAUUUCCUGCUGUGCCGCCACCACACAAGACGUCGACUUUAUGAUGCAAGGAAUCUCCCGGACCUCGAAUGUUGCCGUCGCUGCCGUAGUUGGGAUCGUGUUGGUAAUGACUGUAGUAGUGUGUCUCAUGUCCGUUCUAUCUAGGAAGUACCGACAACGGAUGUACGAGACGCCGGAUAAGAGCAACGAAGGCUCAAUCAUUCAACUGGAUAACUUAUACCGGCCGCUUCUGACUGGAUCUUGACGUUUAGGAGCGGGCGACGGGUACCAUCCUUCGCUGCUGAGUCGGACUUCAUGUUGUUCAGCGGAUCCCUCGUCACCUGGGCCUCUAACACCUCCUCCUCGAACGAGGGCCUUCUCUACCCCUCACAGCAGUCCUAUAGACACACCUACACCACCAGCACGCCAUAACAUACUCGAAGACUGCUCCUGUUCUCCACAGAGGUUCUGAAGAUGAAUCAGGAGGAUCUAAAAUGCAAUGAAUAUAUAUAUUGCACAUUGCAUUGAUCAUCAAUGCUUUAAGCAACGGCAGAUAUCACGUUAUCAAUAUGCUGUGGACAUGAUCACGACAUAAGAUGGAGACCUGAUCCCAAACAUUCUGAUAUUCCAAGUUAAGCAUUGUAUGCAAGUAAUUAAUGUAUGAAUGAAGACAAAAUGAUAUAUAUAUAUAUA